CAUUGAUCGUCCGUCGUCCGUCAUUCUUCGAUUUUUCAGAUUUCAAUUAAUUACGAUAUUCAGGAUUCACUGUCAUAGUUUAAAAUAAUUCUAAUUCUUACUACUUUCUGAUAUUUAUACUUGGGUGUAUCUUGUAAUAAUAUUAUAAAUAAUGGCCAUGGCACUUCGUAACAUGUUAAGGAGUGCAUCAAGGAGGCUCCAAGUUCGUAAUUAUGCUGAUGCACCCAAGGAAGGUGAUUUAGCACUCACAUUUGCUGCUGGUAAUAAGGUGUUUUAUGAUAAGCAAGUGGUGAAACAAAUUGAUGUACCAUCAUUCAGUGGAUCUUUUGGCAUUCUGCCAAAGCAUGUACCAACACUUGCUGUUCUUCGCCCUGGUGUUGUGACUGUGGUUGAAAAUGAUGGCAAACAAAACAAGAUCUUUGUCUCUUCUGGAACAAUUACAGUAAAUGAUGAUUCUUCUGUUCAGGUACUAGCGGAAGAAGCUCAUCCAUUAGAAAAUUUGGAUCGUAGCGCCGCACAAGAGGCCCUUAGUAAAGCCCAAUCUGAACUUAGCUCUGCAGCUAAUGAUAAGGCUAAAGCGGAAGCUGCCAUUGCUGUUGAGGUGGCAGAAGAGAUCGUGAAGGCAGCGGCUACAGCGUGAACGGUUAUCAAGUUAUAGUCAACAACAGUUAGUGUUAAAAUCGUAUUUAUUAUAUUGCUUAUGUAUAAAUAAAUAUUCCUACCAUCUCAGUAGAAAA